AUGAAAUCACUAACAAAACUAAUUAGUUGUAACAAUAAUAUUGGUGUUGAAGAAGCUAAAUAUAUUAGUGAAUUGAAACAAUUAACUCAUCUUUAUAUUUCUAGCAACAAAAUUGGUGUUGAAGGAGCAAAAUACAUCAGUGAAUUGAAACAAUUGACCAAUCUUGAUAUUUCUUACAAUAAUAUUGGUGCUGAAGGAGUUGAACAUAUUGGUAAUUUGAAACAACUAACCUUUCUUUGUAUUUAUCACAAUAAUAUUGGCGAUGAAGGAGCUAAACAUUUAAGCGCAUUGAAACAAUUGACUUAUCUGUAUACUGCUUUCAAUAAUAUUGGUGUUGAAGGAGUUAAAUAUAUAAUCAAAUUGAAACAACUAUCAUAUCUUAAUAUUUGUAGCAACAAAGUUGGUGAUGAAGGAGCUAAAUACCUUAGUGAAUUGAAACAAUUGACCAAUCUUAAUAUUUCUAAUAGUAAUAUUUGUGCUAAAGGAGUUGAACAUAUAACGGAAAUGAAUCAAUUAACCAUUCUUAAUAUUUCCACCAAUAAUAUUGGUAUUGAAGGAGCUAAAUAUAUUGGUAAAUUGAAACAAUUGACAUGUCUUAAUAUUUAUUACAGUAAUAUUGAUAUUGAAGGUGCUAAAUACAUUAGUGAAAUGAAACAAUUGACCGAUCUUAAUAUUUCCUACAAUAACAUUGGUAUUGAAGGAGCUAAAUAUAUUGGUAAAUUGAAACAAUUGACAUGUCUUACUAUAUAUAAUAAUUACAUUUGUGAUGAAGGAGCUAAAUACAUUAGUGAAUUGAACCAAUUGACCAAUCUUAAUAUUUAUAGUAAUAAUAUUGGUGAUGAAGGUGCAAAAUACAUUAGCGAAUUGAAACAAUUGACCAAUCUUGAUAUUUCUGUCAAUCAAAUUGGUGCUAAAGGAGUUAAAUACAUAGCAGAAUUGAAUCAAUUAACCAUUCUUUCUGCUUCUCUCAAUAAUAUUCGUGAUGAAGGUGCUAAAUAUAUUAGCGAAUUGAAACAAUUGACCAAUCUUGAUAUUUCCAGCAAUAACAUUAGCAUUGAAGGAGUUAAAUGUUUUGAGGAAAUGAAACACUUGACAGUUCUUGAAAUUUACCAGUGA